AAAGGCCUAACAACUGGCCACAUCAAAGGGAACGAGAACCCGUCGCAGUUGAAGAACUCCCUAAUUGUUAUGCAAAAGGACCAUAUGUUCAUUACCGAUGAUCAAGCAGCAAAGCAGUCUCUUCUACGACACAUCCAGCGAGGACACUUUGAUGCUCCAGAUGAAAUGUAUUGGUCAAAGUCAAACGGAAAUGGCGGAAGUCCAAACACGAGAUAUUGUAGGAAGCUUCCCCUCGACGAGAGCUCAAGCAACACGCCGGAGACUUCUCGUUUGAUCCAGCGUCCUAUGGAGGAGUCCGCUACCUAUAACUCGGUGAGAGCUUAUUCGAUUGUUAAAACAUAG